UGGCGGGUAUACAAAGUUACCAUCAGUUUAUGUCCCGUCAGACAUUAAGAUUAGCUUGCUUGAGAUUUUCCCUCCCACAAUGUUUGACUAAUAGGAUGUCCUCACUAGCUGUUUUUUCCUAGAUAGCUGCAGCUGACCAUUUCUUUCAUCCAAACCGCUCCGUCAAUAUGUCCAAUUUCUUGCACAAAGUUUUUAGUAAUUAUAGCUCUUCUGAUGGACGUUACCUGGACAAAGAAGGUUUUAAAUUGUUAUUUAUUGAACUUUAUGGGAGGAAACCGAGUAAGGAAGAGAUAAAAUGUAUUUCUUCAUUUUUGGAAUCAAAUCUCAAUGGCGAACCAAUUGGUCUAACGUUUUCGGGUUUUCUUUAUUCCAUCCAAAUGCUUCAGAAACGUUCUCAAAAUAAUCUUCAUUGUGGUGACAAGCAUGAUAGGCUAUUAUUUGAUUGUUUGGAUCUAAAUUCGAAAGAGUUUAUCACAAUAAACGAUUUACACCAAAUAUGUGGUAGAUACAAACCCUCCUUACCAUCUGGCCUAUUGCAAACUAUUUUCAGAGAGUUUGAUCAAGAUUGUGAUGGUCGGAUUUCAUAUGAAGAUUAUCUACAUAUUACGAAGUCUGAUAUGUAAUCGACGUAUACGAAAUGAUUAUAUCGAGAUAUUUCAGUGAUAUUAAAUAGAUUAUCAUAUAACUGAAUUCAUAUGUGGUUUAUCCUGGUCACAUUUUCAGUUUACAGUCAUUCGUUUUUAAGUAUUUGCUUAUUUUCAUAAAUUAUUAUCUCAAUAAAACUAGUGACAAAAAAUUAACAGUUGUUCUUUUUUGUUGUUUACGCUUCUUCAGUGUUUUUACAAUAUAACUGUUGGUUUACUUAGUAGUACUUCGUUUUUUUUUUAAAAAAUUAGCGCCUGUUCGAUAUUAAGA